AUGAGAAAGAAGUUAACAUCAACCUUACUUCAGAUAGUGACAAAGAAAAUGCCAAACAUUUUAAGAAAAAGAAGAACUUCUCUAGCUCUGGGAAAGACAAAAUUAAAUGGAAAGAUCCUAAAGCAAAGAAGCAAUUCUUGAACCAAUAUAUGAACCCCAAACUAGAAAAUAAAGAAGACAAA